AUGCGUAGAACAACGAAAAGCACAGCCAAAACAGCAUACAGGAGCAAGGCAGCAGCACCAUUUGACUUGUCAACCGUAAAAACCAAAUCUCAAGAGCUUGCCGCCUCUGCAAGUCGCAAAUCCAAUCGUUUAUUUGGUAUUGAAGAAGCACCUACAUUUUACCCAACACAGGACGAAUUCAGAGAUCCUCUACGCUACAUUGAAAAGAUAAGCCCUGAAGGAGAAAAGUAUGGCAUUAUAAAGAUUGUUCCUCCAAAGGAUUACAAUCCUGAUUUCAGUUUAAAGACGGAGUCGUUUCGCUUCAAGACUCGCAUCCAGAAAUUGAACAGCAUGGAGGGAGAGACCCGUACUAACGUCAACUACUUGGAGCAAAUCAAGAAAUAUCACAAAUUAACUGGCAAAUCCAUAACCAAACUUCCACAGCUUGAUAAAAGACCCAUCGAUCUCUACAAAUUGAAAAACGAGGUGGCCGCCCGUGGUGGGGUUCAAGAAGUGACAAGGCUCAAGAAAUGGGCAGAAAUUGGUAGAGAGCUAGGCUAUGCUCGCAAGCAAUGUACAUCCAUGUCAAAUGCACUUAAAACUGCUUACCAAAAAGUUGUUUUACCCUAUGAAAUUUGGUAUGGCAAGCACAAGAACGAUAUUGAUCAAUUUACACUCAAAGAAGACAAUGGCUCUUCUUCCUCUCCCACUGACUCUACUGAAAAUGACAAUUGCGAGAUUUGCCACAAAAAUGGAAAUGAAGAUAGCUUGCUUCUAUGCGAUGGUUGCAACCGUGGUUUCCAUACCUACUGCUUAAACCCUCCUCUCCCCUCUGUGCCAAAGACGGAUUGGUUCUGCUUCCAGUGCUUGACCGCUGUAGGAAAAGACUAUGGCUUUGAGGAUGGCAACGAAUACAGCCUCAACGACUUUCAUACAGUGUGCGAUAAUUUCAAGACAAACUGGUUCAAGAAGACGCAUCCAAAGGGUAGCAGCACUGUCACAGAAGAGGAGUGCGAAAGCGAGUUCUGGAGACUAGUGAACAACCCUUAUGAAACCUGUCAAGUUGAAUAUGGUGCUGAUUUACAUAGUACACAACAUGGAAGCGGCUUUGCUACAGCUGAUCAUCUAUCAAAGAGCGCGCUUGACCCAUGGAACUUGAAUGUGAUACCUGUGGUGCCUCAGUCUUUAUUUACAUACAUCAAGUCCGACAUCAGUGGCAUGAUGGUGCCUUGGUUAUACGUUGGCAUGUGCUUCUCUGCGUUCUGCUGGCACAAUGAAGACCACUACACCUACUCUAUCAACUACAUGCAUUGGGGUGAAACGAAAACAUGGUAUGGUGUCCCAGGAUCUGAUACAGCAAAAUUCGAAGAUGCCAUGCGAAAGGCUGUUCCUGAACUGUUUGAACAACAACCUGAUUUAUUAUUCCAACUGGUGACAAUGCUUAGUCCUGAACGCUUAAAGAAGGAGAAUGUGAAUGUAUAUGCUGUUGAUCAGCGUCCUGGCCAAUUUGUAAUUACCUAUCCCAAGGCCUACCAUUCUGGAUUCAAUCAUGGUUUUAAUUUCUGUGAAGCAGUUAAUUUCGCUCCUAGUGAAUGGGUUGACUAUGGCUUGGAGUGUGCCAAGAGCUACAAAAACUACAGACGACAGCCUUGCUUCUCACACGACAAUUUGCUGGUGACAGCUGCACGAAACCUGAAUUCAAUGGAGAAUAUCGACUGGCUGAAGCGUGGGCUUCUUGAAAUGCAGAGCAGAGAGAUGGAAGAAAGACAGCAUGUCAGAGCCAGAAAGUUGGAGGAAAGAGUCGUUCCCGAAGCUGAUAUCCGCGAAGAAUUACAGUGCGUGUUCUGUAAUUGCUACAGCUAUCUAUCCUACAUUGGCUGUGAUUGUACGCACAAGAUAGCCUGUCUGGAGCACGUCGCUGAGCUGUGUACCUGUGAUAUCAACAGCAAAGUGAUGCAUUUACAAUUCACCGACAGCCAACUAGAAGAACUGGUUCUGCGUGUUACACACAUUGGCCCUACACCUGAUCUUUGGAUCGAGAAGCUGGACACUGUAUUGAACUCCAGAACCGGCCUGAACAUGAAGAAACUCAGAGAAUUCAUUCGAGACGCACACAACAGCAACGUACCGCAAGAACCCAUUGACAAUCUAAAAGAGUUUAUAAACGUGCUGGAUCGAUGGAUCGCAGAUGCCGAACGCUUACUUGGAUCACGACCGGACAAUGCAAAACAGACAGAAACACGAUACGAACGAUGUCAGGAUUUGAUGGAAAGAGCACAGGAGAUCGGCUUCAACCUUGCUCUUCUGCCCAAUGUAGAAUCUUAUGCAGCAAAGCUCAAAGACGUAGAUGAUCAGAUUACCGACGAAUUAUUCGCUUCAAAUGACAUUGAUCGUCAAAAGAGCAUACUGGACCGAGGCGUGCGCUUCCGAUCUGACUCUGCUCAAUUUCGAAAGCUCAAGAAAUUCAUGGAAUACAGCGUGUGGGAGCAAGCUUUACGAAAACUUUAUGCGGCUCCUUUUGCUGCAAAAAAUUAUAAAAGGCUGAUCAAGGAUGGCGAGGAAAUGGGUCUGACAGUCGAAUCUGACGCUUUGUUCAAGCACUUGGUGGACAAGGACAGGCACGCUAGACAAGCAGUACAGCAUGUAGAGAAUAUCAUCAAGGGAAGAGAAAAGAUCGACCCCAGCGACGAACAAGGUAUAUUUCACAUUGGAUACAACGCAGAGAAUCCUGAUAUAAGCGUCGAUUUGGAUCCUCAACUUUUCAAUCGAUUACGAAACAGCAUAACAAGAUCCAAGAUCACACUCGGCGAUUUAGACACAAUGCUCAACACACAAUGUACUAACGCCAGCAUUGCUGAGCGUCCCUCUGUCUCGGAGGCUCAAAGAUUGACCACGGCAACGCGAGAGCUGUGCUACACAUCCGACUUGGCAACACGAUUGACAGCAGAGUUGGCCCGCAACAGCGCCUGGAACGAGAAGCUUCGAUCGACAUUGAUGAAUGGAAGACAAAAAGGAUUAGAAGUCGUAUUGAAGGAGAUUCUCACCAACGUCCAACGCAUCACGACCAGCGAGGAGGAUACGCCGAAAAUCUACUGUAUAUGCAGAAGCAAAGAAAAUGGCCACAUGAUUGCUUGCGAAAUCUGUCAUGAAUGGUAUCACGUCCCUUGCUUAAGAGUCGCUCGCAACAUUGCUCGCUCUCUCACUGCCUAUCACUGCCCAGCCUGCCACCCAACACCAGAUGCAUUGCAAAAGAUAGCUCAUCAGUCCAAGCAGCCUACAUUGAAAGAAAUUGCGGAUCUGGUCGCAGCAGCAGGCCAACUGAGCUUCCGUCCCAAAGAUUAUGAAGCCAUCACCGAUAUUUACAACAUCAUGUUGGACUAUCAAAGCCGUGUACAAGCAUUCUGCCGUUCAAAGGAGCAACUGGAUCAUACAGAUGUGAAAAGAAUCAAGUUUUAUUUGCGAACAUUGAUGGGACUCGAAGUCCUUUUGCCAGAUGAAACUGACUUUUUGCGUGCCAAGAUAAAAGUCCUUGCACCUGCCGUUGAGCCUAUUGCGAAAUCCACCCCAUCAUCACCUACCUCAAGCAGCAACAUCAGCCCUCCAAAGGUGUCCUCUGCCGUGAACCACGCUUCAAGUGCAUAUCACAACAAAGCAAUCGCCUCAUCGCCUACACCUAGUGGCUCGUCAAGUGCAUCAUCACCGAUGGAUCACGCUCAACCUGAAAAGCCAUCAUUAAAGCGGAAACUGAUUACAACCGUAGGUUCCUCGCCAAUACCUGAGAGACCUGCCAAAGCAAUCAAGUUGACCUUGAAACCUCCCAAGCCCAUCACCACUGACCAGUACCACCACCCAGUAUCGUCUCCUUCAUCCGCAAGCUCUUCGUCAUCAUCUGGCAAGAAGCGAAAGCACAAGUGGGAUGAUGAUGGUUAUAAACCAAGCAAAAAACUUAAGUAA